CUACCAUCUCUGAAAAGGUGUUUAUUUUGAUGUACUCUAGGAAUAAUGCAUCGCAAAUUUUUGUCUGAUUUGGAGUAGUGUUCUCACAUCUUUGUCCAUUAUUCCUUGCAUGUAACAUACCAAGAAUUGAGAAAAGAACUUUGGAGCUGUUACAACAAUGGAUAUUAACAUUAAAAUUGAAGCAAAUAAUAUUGAAGAUGAAUAUGUUGAAUCCAAUAUAAUGCUUAACAAAAUAAAGGAAGAAGAAUCGGAGCUAAUAAUUGAGAGUGAUAUGCAAUGGUUGCCAAUAAAAUUAGAAGAUGAACAAAAUAAUUAUUACGAAGAAUAUUGUCAGGAAUUUGGAGAAAAUAUAAACUCUUAUGAUUAUAUUAAAAAUGAGCCUGGCAAUGAACAAUAUGCAAUUGAAUAUUUAGAUGAAAACGAACAUUAUGAUGAUGAUGAUGAUGAUGAUAAUGAGGGUGAAAAAGACCAGGAGAAUGAGCGGGAUGAUUUUUAUGAUCCAUCAGAAGAUGUUGGUGAGGAUUCCGAUUCCGAUAAUGAGGAUGAAGAAAUUGAUGAAACCGAUAAUGAGGGUAAUAUUGAUACAGAAUAUAAUUUACAAUUGGAGGUAUUUGCUGAAGAUAUGGAUAAAAAAGACAACGUUUUAGAAGACAAUGGAUCUAAGACUAAUAUUUUAUUUCCUUUAAAAUAUUGGCUGUUUAAAACUUACGUUCACCAUACCUGCCCAGAAUGUAACGAACAAAAUUGCAACCUAUAA